UUGCCACCCAGGGGGAACACUCAGGGUGUAUCUCAAUGUCUACACAUCUCCAAAGGGAGGCUGUGAAGAAUAGUGAGCUGGGCUCUUUCCAGCAGUAGCCAGUGACAAGAGGCAGCGCGCAUAAGAAGAAACACAGGAGGUUCCUCUUGAACAUCAGGAAUUAUAUGACAGGCCCUUCACCCUGGCAUCAGUUACCUGGAGAGGGUGUGGGGUUUCCUCCACUGGAGGUCUUUGACAGAUAAAACCUGUCUGGGCAUGGUUUGGGACAACACUAGAGCAGGCUGGCCCUGCUCCAGGGGGGAGGUGGAAGGGCUGGACAAGGCGCUCGCCAGGGGUCCCUUUCAACCUCUGCUAUCUCUGGGGUCUCUGGGGCUUUCCCACUGGUGACAAGAUACCAGUUCUUCUCCUCAGUCAGGCCUCUGAGCAGUUGAGCCACGGCACUCUGCUGGCACCGAGGGAGGAGGCCGCCACGGUUCCCCUGCAUCCUCUGCUCUGCUGCCCAGCACCGGGCCCAUGUGCUCAGGGACACCAGGCUGGUGACAAGCAGAAACCACAUGGCCAGCAAGGACGCGUGAAGCACCCUUUGCCCCUCUGGGGCACUUGCCUACCACUUGCCUAACGGUCUACGGGCUGGUUCGGCCAGGUUCCGUGACUGAUGGGGCAGGGGGACCCAUGGACCCUGGGAAAGGAAAAAGUGAAAAAGUGGGAAGGGCGGGGAAAUGGGCCUAAAACAAAACACUGGCAGUGAUCCGAGGAGGAAAGGUAAUUCACUAAAUAAGGUAUGGGAAUGCAAGAUAACACAGUGCAAAACAAUAUAAUUGUAGUUGAAGGCAACCAAUCAAAUAAAGUGAGAAAGUGUCCAAAACCAGAAAGCCUUACUCUAAUGCUGAAGGUGAGGCGGCUAGGGAGCAAGACGGCGCAGAGACGAGCGGAAAAGGAAAAAGAGGCGUCUUGUGACCUGCCAAGAGUUUUAUCUUUAUCUCUCCUCUGAAAGGAAGACAGAAACAGAGCAUUGAACAGUCCUUUGGUAUAUGUAGUUCUUCUGCUUGUCUGAGACAGGUAUACCCACAACUGGAGCAAUAACUCUUUAACUCCCAGUGCACUCCAUGAUGUUAUGCCAUGAUGUUACACCCAUAACCAAGAUCAUCAAACCAUGGCGCUCACUUGGUGGUCCUCCUGGCCCCUGUGAUGUCAGAAUGCAGUGACUGUGACUGCCCACGGCCUCACCACUCUGCACCACUCCCCGGGUCCCUCCCCGCACAGUUGGGCCACUGCUCCUACGGGUGCACAGGCACAGUGUACAGGUCGGAGCAGGACCGUGGGCAAGCGCUGAGGCUUGGCUUUCUGGAGAGCAGCAGCUCUGUUGGCUGAGCUAAGGCAGUUUCUGGUGGCGUGGCUCAGUCCUCUGCUGAGCUGUGAGGCGCCACAGGUCCUACAGGGCAUCUGUCCUGGGGACACGGGCAAGAGGAGGUGCUGGAGCUGUUGGCACCUCUGAAGACUUUCCAAGAGUUUGUCUGUCUUCCUUGAGCACCUCCUUCAGAUUAGGUUCUGAGGAAUCUCUGGAGGAGAGGGGCAGUGUUGCAAUGGCCAGCAGGAGCCAUCUGCAGAAGGAAGACCCAUCGGAGGCACCAGAAGACUAUCGCUGCGCCAUCUGCCUGGACAACAUCAGCAACAUGGCGUGCGUGGACCCGUGCUUCCAUCGCUUCUGUUCUGGCUGCAUCCAGCGGUGGGCUACCAUGAGAGCUGUGUGCCCACUCUGCAGGCAGCCUAUUGACCGUGUCCUGCACACGGUGAGAGCAGAUGAUGACUACCAGGAGUACGUAGUCAGCUCAUCCUCCCGUAGGCAGAGAAGAAGAGCCAGGGAGAGGACCAGGAGCAGGUCCCCGCUGCGGCACAGGCAGUCCAGGAACAGUGGCUUCCCAAUGAGGAGGAGCUCCGUAGGCAGCGGCCAAGUCUCACGGGGUGACGCAGCUCCAAGUGCUCCUGCAGCGAGCACUUCUGGGGAGCAAAGCCCACCGAGCAGAGCAGAGCGCAUCGUCAGCCCUGGUGACGGAGCGUACGUCCGCAUUGGCGCGCUGCAGCUGCCACCUCUGCGGAUCCAGGUCCCCAGUCGGAGAGCCCAGUAAACAUCUGGAUGCUUUGCAGGGCGGGGGUUUUACCAAACCAAAGAACAAUCCCAUGCAAGGAAUACUUUCCAGCGUUGUCUCAAGGGCACGGGAAAUCAAGAGGGAGGACCUCCUGGAGCGUGCAUUUAAUGGCAGUGCUGCAACUGGGAAUAUUUCACUCCCUCAGCCCCAGCAGCCUGAGCCCUUCCAUCAUGCUUCUCUACAACACCAGGAGCCUGUGAUUGUGGCUGGGAGGCAGAAGGAGGCCGAUCAUCUCCUCACUGACCAGGAGACUGGGGAUGAUAAUGAUGAUGACGAUUAAAGAAUACAGGAAACAA